CCAAAUUCGUUGUUUCUCACCAACUGCUGUGGCACGAGCGGGCACUGCGACUUCGAGGAGGGACAUGUCCAGACAGUCGAGUAGCAUACAAUCCCCGUAUCCUUACUCGCACCAGCAUCAGCUAUCCCGCUCUGCUUAUCCUAUAUUUCUCUCUUUACAAGAAACGAUCAAGCUACAAUUGACAUGGGCAUCCAGGGGUAUUCUUGAAGCCUUUCGGUGGGAUGUUGUCGUGAAGACCGCUACAAGCGAUCGUGAAAUUCGCUCAAAUAUUCUCAAGUCGUUGCUGCUCAAUUCUCUGUCCUUGACCUCCAUCUACGCGUUUGAUUUGCUUCUACAACCUCUCGUGCAUAACCACCCGGGCUGGCUUCACCGCAAUGUGGGAUGGUUUUAUCGUGUUCUUUGGCUGUUCCCGGUGGUUGGAGUGUCUUACUAUCUUAAUAGUUCCUGGUGCAAUCUUAUCGCGAAACGGUCCUUUGUCCUUCAGCACGGGAACCGCUCGGCACAUCAACAGCCAGUUACCUAUAACGGUAUGCUAACUAUGCUCGCCACGUCCGCAUACCGUGCUGUUAUGAUUCUUACCUCUGUUAUCGUGUCAUUGGCAUUGGGCUCAAUACCAAUUGCCGGACCGUGGAUGAGUUUUGCAUUUAUGUGCUGGGUUAAUGCAUAUUAUUGUUUUGAGUUUGUAUGGGUGGCCCGUAGUUCAUCCUUGGCCCAAAGAGUGCGUCAUCUAGAAGAACGAUGGGCAUACUACUUCGCAUUUGGUCUUCCGUCCGCCGUGAUCUGCAAUUGUGGAAGUGGACUGGCAAACGCUGCCCUUUUCGCACUCAUGUUCCCCGCCUUUAUCAUAAUGGCGAUGCACGCACGGCCCGUCCCGCAGGAUCCUUACAAUCCUGCACCAUUCACGGAGUCUACCGACGCUAUGCGCUUUCCUUCGCCGCUCGUUCCGAUUAGGAUGCCGGUCUUUGCAAUUGUCAUUUGGCUGAACGAUCUCAUCGUCAGAGUGUUAAGUGUCGGUGGCAGCGCGGGUACUCGACACCGGAGAACACCAAGCGAAACUACCGAACAGGCAGAAGAAGGGGCAGGUGUUGAAUUAAGGAAUGUCGGUCGUACGGCGAGAGGUGAUUCCCCAGCUGUUCAGGCAAGGAGGCUUGGAGAAAGGCCACCGAGGAAUGGCAAGGCACCUAGUGCUGUGAGGCGAAAGAGGGAUUGACGGAUAUCACAAUCAUGAUCUUACUGGCAACUUUGACUCAUACUUGCAUGCCAUUGCUUGAUAUCACGCACAACCCUCGCAAUUCUAUACC